AUAUAAUUAUUAAUAAUUAUAUCGAAUAUUCGUUCCGUCGCGAGAUGCCGAGACGUCUGUCCAUCGGAUAGGUAGAUAGGUAUUCUGCACGGUAUUGCUUGAAAAUACGUUAAACCGCUUCAAAUCGCAAUCGUCAUGUUGUGGGGUUCGAGCCCGUGUCUUGAUCUAGCUGCCUACGAUGGAGUCGGCGACGGACAUUUAAAUAUACUAAUCGUGAGCGCCGGCGACACUCGCCACUUGCUACAAACGUUGGCCAAACGGUACGAACAUUCGUACAAAAAGAUCAGUAUUUAUAUAUACGAACCGAUCGUCGACAUGUACGCCAGACAUAUCCAACAAAUAGCGUUGGCUCUUGAACCGAUCGAUCGGAUUAGCUUAUCGUACAAGGUAUUCAAUUAUUUGCACAUCCCUCAAAUAUUAGGGAUUUUUGAUAAAAAAAAAAAAUUUAAAACAAUUUUUCAGGUACGUACUUGGAUGGAGCUUUAUGGUAAUACUCUUGUAAAGCCGAAUACAAACAGUUAUCUAAUCAAAAAAUCAGCCCAACUUAUAGAUAUCAUUACUGACGAAACAGCUAGACAGCACUGUUUACCCAUUGUACAAUUAGAUGCACUUAAAUACAAAGAAAGGGAUACUAUUGAAACCAUAUUUAAAUAUUGGAAAAAUAACAAUGGUUUCAACAUAACAACAAUGUGGGAUAAGAGGGUACGAAACUAUUUGGGCACAAGGUAUGAUCACCGAAACAAUGUGUUUGAUUGGGAUUUACAUAUGACUCUUCAUUAUAUCGAUGGAGGUAACAGAAUCACAAAUCGAGAGUACACUUAUUGGCGAGAUACUGGUGUAGCUUACACAUUCUUAGAGACAGAUUGUACUGAACCUAAUUAUACAUUUGCUUUAGCCCUAUUGAAAGAUGGGGACAAAAUAACUGCGAUGGACUAUUUUGGAGACAUUAUAAAUGGUCCUUUUCCAUCUUUUGGCUUAGACUGUGAAGACGAUGAUAUGUUAAAGAUGGGAAACAUGCAACCACUAAAACGUUCAGUGGACCUGACUGAGAGAAAUUUAACAAGAAUGUUCUAUGAAAUAGAAAACCAAAAGCCUUACAAGCACAAAGGUAAAACUGACAAUCUUGGAGUAAUUAUAACUGAACUGCCGAAUGUGAAAAUCCAAAAAGUACAAACUCUAUCACCUCAAGUUAAAGUUAUGUCUGAACAUUACCCUAGUAUUAAUGUUAGCGAUGUGGAUAUCCACUUUAUUCCUCGCACAGCUAUGACAGAUUAUCCUACAUUUGAUAGAUAUAAACAUUUUUUUGAUAUAAUGUAUUGUGGUCAUAUGUAUCUUGAAAAAAUGAACUUUCAUAUAACAUCUAUGAUUAAAGACGGAGGCAUAGUUUUAAUGGAAACUCGAAAAUUUAUUGUGAACUAUAAACAAAAGCAACACGAUGAAUUCAAACAGAAAUUAAUAGAUUUAAUGAAAAACUGUAAAUGUGUGUCGUCAACAGAAAAUAUUGAUGUAAUUAAGAAUGCUGUAAUUAAAUUUAAUAAACAGCAUUGAGUUAUAAUAAUAGUAUUUUAUUUGUAACAAUUAAUAAGCUGACAUUAAUUUCUGAAUCUAUAAUCCAUAAUAUAGUAAGAUAAAAUACUUUGUUACCAGAAUUUUGGUUUAUAUUUAAUUUUCAAAGCUUGAA